CUAAAUUAUGCUGGGUUUCAAGGUAGUCACGAAUAAACUUCGUAGUCAAAACCAUCGUUAUCGACAUUGCACAUCGAUCGCUAAUUUUGUUAAAGCCGGACGAAACUCUACUUCAACGAACACUUAGAGAAUCGAAGAACCGUAAUAAAAUGACAACCCCAUCUAGACCAUUUCGUAUACUGACAAUCGUAUUGUCAUGUGUUGGCUCGUUGUUGGCGGCAGAACUUACGACUAUCCAUGAAUGGAAGUACAUUGAAUACGCGGCCGAAGAUCCACUUGUUGAGCAUAUGUUGCAGGUUUCUGAAGAAUACAAUUACACGAAAAUCAUACCAAUUGAUUUCCAGAAAAUCUCAGGCAAUAGAGUUCUGGUUACAACACCCAGAUAUUCCAACGAUUUAUUAAUUCCAAGUUUGUCAAUUGUUUCGCCUAUGAUCGGGGACGGUGGUUCGUUGCUGGAGCCCUACCCAAAUUGGGAUUGGCACGAGACAGGAUAUUGUGGUGAUGAAAUAAUAACAAGCGUGUCUCGUCUUUUCACGGACCAGUGCAACAGGCUGUGGUUCGUCGACUCCGGGAAGAUAGGAGAUAAGCAAGUAUGUUCUGCUAAGCUGUUCGCCUUCAAUACGACAACCGACCAGGUGAUCCAUCGGAUUGAUAUUCCACAUGAGGUGACCCAUAAUUCUGUAGAUCCGAGCAAGGGGCGGCUUGAGAUACAAUUCGUCGAGACGAAGGGGGACUUCUGCGAUGAGACUUGGGCUUACAUUGGGGACCCGGAGGGCUACGGCCUUGUUAUUUGGGACGGUUCGGACAUAUGGCGUCUGGAAAACGACGACGUUUAUGCCCCGGCCUCGUCAGCUACGAAGUUCAGCGUUGCCGGCGAGAACGUCACCCUGGAACUCGGGACUUCCAUUGUGAGGAUACCACCCCCGGGAUUCAUCGACGAGGACUAUCUUCUUCUGAGACCAUUGUCCUCCUACUCAGACUACGCGAUAAGAGUCGAGGAUUUGCACAAUUCGAAGAACAGCAGUGUAACUUACUACAAGGGCAACAUUACGCUGCCGUCGCAAGAGCUUGUCAAAGUCUUCUCGAAGUCCGGGGUCCUUAUGGGCGCCUUGGCCUCGAGUCUGGUAGUGGCUUGCUGGAACCUGGCAAAUCCUCUGGCUACAGAGUACGUGGGUACACCGUUGGAGGACGACGAGGCUCUGCAAUUUACCAGCGCUGCUAAAAUAUUCGAAGGGUCUGAGCCCGGAUUUGAGCACGAAGAGUACUGGAUGCUGACCAAUCGGUAUCAAAAAUUCGCCCUGGGUACCAUGGAUUUCGACGAUGUCAAUUUCAGAAUUCUGUCGGUCAACAUCGCUGAUACCGUCCAAGGCACGGUGUGCGCGCCGAGCUCGCACAGUGCCACUAGCAUUGAGGAUAAAUUUUUCUUUGAAUAUGAAACGGUAUGAGAAAUUUUCCAUAAGCUCGUCUAUAUUCUGGUGUCCUUUACGAUAGUAUCCACUCACAAUCAGUUUCCGCCUGUAGCGUACCUCCUUAUAAACUGAGCGACUUAUGUACGUACUUUAGCACUGAAAUGUAUUUUUGGUUUGAAGCAGACGAUCUUUCCAGCAAUUCAUUACAUCGUCGGUUAAAACUGUAUUCGAAAAUGAUUAAAUUAUAGUGAUAAAGGAACAUCUUGACAAUUAUAUGGACAGAAUUAUGUACGGGCGGGGGGAAGGGGUGUCAUUAUGGGGAAAACCUCCAAGUUUUAUUCGCCAUUGACGAGACACUGAAUUUGUUCUGCAAGUGAUACAUAAUGUACUGUAUACAAUAUUCGUAUAUAAUCUAUUUCUAUACAGAGGGUUCAGUAUUUUGCUUACGGUGAAACUUUCUUGUUGUAAGGCAAGAUAUAUAUUUUUUAUCUCGAUUAUUCAAAUUAUAAAAACGUUGGCCGUUGAACUUGAAGCUCUUCACGAACGGAAGUAUAUAAACUAUAAUUACAUGAUAAUUAUUCCACAUUCUUAAAAGUGUUCGGAAAUUUACCAAAAUUUUACUGUACCACAGUGUAAUUGAAUAAAAAAUUCCGUGUUAUAAAGUGAAUUACUAGGCAUUCUCAUUGAAUUUGCAUAUAAAUUUCCUAAUUUCGCUCAACUUGGUUGGAGGAACGCUGGAGCGUACUUUGAAUUUAAGAAAUUAUAUAGUAAAUGCAUUGUAUUUGUAAACUUGCUAUACAUUUUCUGUACUUUAUUUGGAAUUUACUAAACAUACUGCUGAAUUUAAGUGAUAAAAACCAUAGAACUUUGGUUUUCUCCAAGUUACAAAACAUUUCGUCUAGACAAAAUAAGAGAUUGUGAGUUGUAAAAAAUCUGACAUGCAAAUUUUUUUGACUUUGUAGCUUCGGAAAUUAGUAUUUUUAUUAGUGUUAAGCCCAUAUUUGACUCGGCAUCUCCGUCUCCGUCUGUAGAUCGAUGUUUUCAGUCUACCGUGAAUAUUAGCGAUUGAAAUGAGUAGAAUGAUAAAAUAACAUAACGCUAGAUGCAUGAUCAUAUCGGAACGUUUAUCACAAAUUGAAGGAAAUGACGAUAGUUUUAAAAAGCGACGAUCACCUAACAACGACGAAUGGAUACUGUUUGUAAAUUUCUCAUAUCAUAGGAUGAAUUUUCAAACUCAGUAUCGUAAAUUUGACAACCGUUCUUAGUUUUGCUGUUAGACAGGCAACUCAAAAAACAGAGUCACGACCGUUCGUGGAAAAAAGCGGGGACUU